AUGGCAUCAUUGCCCUUGCCGCAGGAGUCCCAGAACAAUAUAAAUAUGUCUUCUAUCUCCCCAGAAGUCCGAUCAUUAUUCAACACAGUUCAUCUUCCACUAUUACAAACAACCUUUUCAAACAAACCACAUUUUCCAACCCUCAAAUUCACAAUGGAGACCGCCAAGCAAGCCGUUAACUACGUCGCUGAGACCAUCCAGGGCACUGGAGCUGAGGCUUCCAAGGAGGCCCACAAGAGCGUCGCUAAGGACAGCGAUGCCAACGUCUCUACCCGCGCCAGCGCUGCCAAGGAUGCACUUGUCGACAAGAAGGACGAGGUUUCCCACAACACCAAGGCUGAUGUCCACAAGGGUAAGCUAAAAUCAUUGAACAAAGCUGCUUCAAGAAUA